CUCUCUCUCUCUGGGGACAGGAAACCUUUAUCUUUUCUUUUCUUUUUAUCCUUCUCCUUAACAGUAAAGUAAAAGACAUCUUCCGUGAGAUCAAUGGAUGGGUUUCCGCCGUGUGCAAAUAUGAUCAUGGCAUCACGUUCCUCGCUCAAACAUUGACACGGCGCCCACCGCACUCCACUGUCCCUGUUGUGAGUAGUCUUUUACCCCGACGACCUUCCUCCCCUCACCCUUUCUCUUCCCAUCUCUCUCUUUCUUUACCACCUUUCGUCUUUUUGCCGUUCGCGUGCGUUUCCUUUACGUUGCUGUCCCGUCGCCCUGUCUCAACUUCCUCUUCCCUUAUAUUUGAAGCCCGCUUUGUUCGCCCUUGGCCAAAUAUUCCCUUUCCAUUUCGCUGCUGCUGCAUGGUUAUGCUAUGCCAUGCUAUGCUCUGCCCUUUGGAUCGAUGCUGCUAGCCAUCGGCAUCAUUGGAAGACCGUCGUAAGUCAUCACUGGCGUCGAGUCUUUGAAGAUACCGAGCUUCUAUGAAGUGUUUUGUUGAUUCUGCAAGUACUAUGCGUUGGGAUUCUUCCGAACCAGCGGGCAAUCUUUUGUGCUUCGAGAUCUUUCAAUGAAAUGAAAGCUAUGAGGCGCCAGAGGAGAUGGGAGUCGGCCACUGCAAAUGAAGGAUAGGCAGCGGUGGAGAUCUGAAGAGGAUGCUAUAUUGCGUGCGUACGUGAAGCAGUAUGGUCCCAGGGAGUGGCACCUCGUGUCCCAGCGCAUGAAUGUUACCCUCGACCGGGACGCCAAAUCCUGCUUGGAGAGGUGGAAGAAUUAUCUCAAGCCCGGCAUCAAGAAGGGAUCGCUCACCGAGGAGGAGCAGCGCCUGGUGAUAAGGCUGCAGGCCAAGCACGGCAACAAGUGGAAGAAGAUCGCGGCCGAGAUCCCCGGACGCACAGCCAAGCGGCUGGGCAAGUGGUGGGAGGUGUUCAGGGAGAAGCAGCAGCGGGAGCAAAGAGAGAGCAACAAGUCCGGGGCCGCCACCGCCGAGCCGGGCAAGUACGACCGCAUUCUCGAGAGCUUCGCCGAGAAGCUGGUUAAGGAGCAGCGGGCCGUCCCACUGCUCAUGGCCACGCCAUUCCUUCCACCGUGGCUGUCGAACAAUGCCGGCUCCCGCAGGCCGCCGUCGCCAUCGGUCACACUUACACUCUCACCUUCCACCGUCCCUCCUGCUCCUAAGCCCUGGCCGCAGCCUGAGCGAGGAGGAAACGGUGGUUUGGGGCUGACAACCUCUCAGCGCAGCGUGGUGCCGGGGUUCGCCAGUUCGGUCGACGGCAACAUGAUGUCGGAGCUGGUCGACUGUUGCAGAGAGUUAGAGGAAGGGCAUCGAGCGUGGAUGGAGCACAAGAAGGAAGCAGCAUGGAGGCUGAAGAGGCUGGAGCUGCAGCUGGAGUCGGAGAAGGCUUGCAAGAGGAGGGAGAAGAUGGAGGAGAUCGAGGCCAAAGUGCGAGCACUCAGGGAGGAGCAGCAGGUGGUGCUGGAGAGGGUCGAAGCAGAGUACAAGGAGCAGAUCGCGGGGUUGAGGAAGGAUGCGGAAGCAAAGGAACAGAAACUAGCGGAUCAGUGGGCUGCGAAGCAUAUGCGGCUGAGCAAGUUCCUUGAGCAGGUGGGCUGUCGCCAGUGGCCACCGGCCGACAUGAAUGGGCGGUGAGGAUGAACCUCCCUACCUACCGUGGAACCUGAAGCUUAAGCCAAUAACUCAUCUGUUCGUCUUUAUUGCCUUCAUCCUCUCUUCCGAAGAAGAAAUCCCAGUUUAUCUAUUUGUACUGCCUCGAUCUAACUGUUCCCAGUAAUUGAAUAUGCUGCAAUCGUCUACGAUGAUUCGUUCAUCA